ACCAUCGGGUUCGUGUUGGAGUGAUUCAGUGAGAAGAAGAAAAAACUAAACAAUUUUAGGGUUAGCUUUCUGAUCCAAAUCCUUCUUUUUUACGCUCAGAAGCUGCAACGUUUCUUUAAAAUGAGCUUGUCUCUCAUACAAGGCUACUCUUCUGCCGAAGAAGAUGAUCACCCCCACCUCCAUCAUUCUUCUUCCGACGACGACGACGCCGCCGACCACGAUGCCGUCGCUGCCGAACCCUCAGCGGCGUCCCACCCAUCACUGGGCGACCGAUCCAUCUUCGACCGCCCCCAACCUUCCUCCGCUUGCGGUCUUCCUUCUGCAUUCGAUGCAUUCUCCGAAGUUGCAGGGCCGCCCCAAUUUCUGAACAACAGCGUGGAGGACUAUAAUCCGGCGAAAGAUGCUGAGCCGCAACAAGGGAGGCAUGGCAGCAGGAGGAAUCGUAGGGAUAAAAAGGAUUUACCAACAGGUGUGGUGGUAGAGGCAAAGCCUCAAUUGGUUGGGAUCCAUGAACGAGUAAGAAGUGACAAUGGUAGUCAACCACCAGCAUCAGCCCCAUCAAGCACCCCAGAAGGAGGCAAGCGGAUGCCAACGGCAACCAAUCCCAAUGCUGAAGAUGCUGCAGAUCUUUUGAGAAUGUGCUUGCAGUGUGGGAUUCCAAAGACUUACUCCAGCACGCGGGGAAUGGUGUGCCCCGUAUGUGGCGAUCGCCCUCCAAAGGAUCCCAGCAUAGAGAGCAAGAAGAAAGGAUCAACUGUCAAAGAUAAGGAGAAAUCCAAAAGGAUGAAGGGGCAGUCAUCUCAUGCAACCUGGAAAAGUGAAACAGAGAUGCAGCUAAGGCAACAUUUUGAUUAGGCAGUGUUUGCGGAAUUUUACUUUGUAGGUUACCCUGAUUGGUGUAAGCUGAAUGGUUUAGGACUGCUUGAUAAAACGGGAACUUUUGUUGUCAAGAAUGUCAACAACACAAGUACAAGUUGUACGAUAUUGUAUUAGUAAUUGAAGCUAGGUCUCUUGGUUAAAAUUUUUUUUGUCGCUUUAAAAUCCAACUUAAUUAUGAUUACGAGAUAUCGCUCAUUAGGAACACAUUGAUCUAAGUGGGUGAAAUAAUUAACAAGGGUUCCUCCCUCUUCUUUCUA